CUUCCGUAGUGAUACCCUUUGUCCCACUUGUUCCCUCCAUUGCCUUCUUCCCUUUUUUUUUCUCUUUUUUUUUUUCUUGCUUUACUCUUACUGUCUCUUAGCUACUCUUUCUUGCUUCUUGGUCGCCUCUGUUCCUUGGAUAUAUCUCGCUACCUUCCGGUGUCUAUAGCAGCACAUACAUGCCAUUGGACUCGUCUACAUAUGCAUAACUGCACAUUUUGAGAACCCUUGCUGACCUUCCGACAAGUCGCAAACCACCAUACCACUCUCCACCGCUGUUGCAUUAACACCCACAUCUAACCCUGCGGUUGCCAACCAACAUCAAUGGCCACCUCCACAAUGGGGCAGGAAGAUCUUCAGCCAGAGAAAGAAGUCCCUGCGGUCACAUCAGAUCCGGAAGCCGGUCAUGAUGCCCACCUCACCGGUAAAGCCUGGAUGUACAAGCCGAUGAAAAUUGGUCCGUGGUCGUUGCCAUACUUCGCCUCCCCAGAAUCCCAGCUCCUGCUGGUCUCCUUCGUGUGUUUCCUCUGCCCUGGCAUGUACAAUGCAGUCAGCGGCCUAGGUGGCGGUGGUCAGCUGGAUCCCACCGAUGUCAGUGAUGCCAACACGGCUCUAUACAGCACCUUCGCCGUAGUGGGCUUUUUCGCAGGUUCCAUCGCGAACCGCAUUGGUCUCCGCCUGACACUCUCAUUCGGUGGCUUCGGCUAUUUUCUCUAUGUGGCUUCACUUCUGUCAUAUAACCACAAUAAGAAUUCCGGCUUCCUGAUCUUUGCUGGCGCGCUACUGGGUGUCUGUGGCGGUCUGUUGUGGUGUGCGCAAGGCGCAGUCAUGAUGAGCUACCCAAAUGAAAAGGAAAAGGGCAAGUUCAUUGCUAUCUUUUGGGUAAUCUUCAACCUGGGUGGUGUGAUUGGAAGCUUGGUACCUUUGGGCCAAAAUCUUCACUCUGAAGCGGGCCAGGUGAAUGAUGGCACCUACAUCGCCUUCAUGGUGCUCAUGGCUGUUGGCUUUGUUCUUGCCUGGGGCUUGUCAGACUCUAAAUAUGUCAAACGCAAGGAUGGCUCUCAUGUCAUCGUGAUGAAGAACCCAACGUGGAAAUCGGAAUUCCUGGGCCUAUACGACACCAUACGCAGCGACUACUACAUCAUCCUCUUCUUCCCCAUGUUCCUGGUGAGCAAUUGGUUUACAGCUUAUCAGUUCAACAGCGUAAACGGUGCUUAUUUCAAUAUCCGGACGCGGUCCCUCAACAACCUCCUCUACUGGCUCAUGCAGAUGGUUGGCGCAUUCGUGUUCGGCCAAAUUUUGGACUUGAAAUUCCUUUCCCGCCCAAUGCGAGCCAAGCUCGGCCUCUUCCUCCUAUUCGUCAUCACAAUGGGCGUCUGGGGCGGUGGAUAUGCCUUUCAAAAGACAUAUACCCGAAAAACAGUCUCAGCAACUACCGACUGGACAACUAGCGGCUAUGCCGGACCUAUGUUCUUGUACAUGUUUUAUGGUUUUUACGAUGCGGCUUUCCAGACCUGUGCAUAUUGGUUCAUGGGUUCUCUCACCAACAACGCUCGUAAGUUGGCCAACUUUGCCGGCUUCUACAAAGGAAUCCAAUCUGCUGGUGCGGCUGGCAUGUGGCGAAUGGACGCUGUGGGGACCCCUUAUAUGACCGAAUUCGCAUCCUGCUGGGGUCUGCUCGCUGGCAGUCUGCUCAUCGCAUCGCCUGUGGUGUUUUUCAAAAUUAAAGAGCAUGCUGACGUCGAAGCUGAUCUCAACUUUUCUGACGAAACAGCUCAAGAAGUGGGCGUUCCGCUGGAAGAUCACCCUUCCGAGAAGAAAGACGAGAAGGUUGUGGCUGUUGCCUGAUUGUGACUGGGUACUGUUACACGAAUGCUUUCGAACAAUACAAAAGCCACGUGGGUUUCGUGUCGGUAAUGUAUCUUACCUAGGACGUUCUCAGUGACUAGAUAUGCUCUUUCUUUCUUUCUUUCUUUCUUUCUUUUUUUAUUUUUUUGGCCUUUUCGCUGGAUAUCCAAGAUCAGAAUGGGUUUGAAGCGUUGGACGAACUUCUAGCUGAGGUAGCUCUAUGUAAGCCAUCAGUGAGUCACGAUUUAUUUUAAUGGAAUAAUAAGACAUGACAUUC